AUGCUGCCGCAGAGCAUCAACUCGCUCAUCGGCGCCGCCGCCGCAAACUUCGCCACCAAGGGGGGAAGCGCCACGCUUCACCACACGGUGGUGCCCGGUGACGCGUCCGUGGUGUGGCAGCGGGAGGUGCUCGGAGUGUGCGUACCGUACCGGGAUAGGAGGGAUCAGCUCGAGGUUUUCGCGUCGCACCUGCGAACGUUUCUCCACGGGCAAGGCGUCCCUUUCAGGAUAUACGUAGGCGAACAGAUGGCGGGCGGGUCUUUCAACCGCGGCUGGGCCCUGAACGUGGCGUAUAAGUUCGCCGAGCCCGAGGUUGACUACGUGGUGUUCCACGACGUGGACAUGCUCCCGCUGCCGGGCGUCGACUACAGGUACAGCUCCAUGGAGGGGAUGGACGCCAGGCACCUGUCCACGGAGAUUUCCCAGUUUGGAUACAAGAUACCCUACAACAGGUACUGCAGCGGGGUGUUCAUGUCCAGGAAGGAAUUCUUCAGGGACAUCAACGGGUUCGCGACCACGUUCUGGGGAUGGGGCGGCGAGGACGACGAGUUCUGCGCGCGCUGGGCCAAGAAAAAGUUUGGCGGGUGGGAGGCGGCGGAGGCGGCGCCGGGCGGUUUGCACAACAUGUUUGGACGACCGGAGAAGGGCCGAGGUCGGUUCCUGUCCAUGGAGGCUGGGCACAAGAGCGACAGGAAGAACCCGCACUGGAAGAAGAACGAUCAGAAGCUGCAGUCGUUCCUCAGCUCCCCGGAGACGGUCAACAAGGCGGACGGGCUCAGCACGACCGGGGAGCCGACGCAGAUACUGAAGGGCAAGGUUGAAACGCCGCUUUACACGGUGUAUAGAAGUUCGUUCCCGCCAAACCUCAGGCAGCCGUAA